AUGAGGUGGUUUCUGCUUUGUGUGUCGGUGGCCAUUACCCAGGGCUUCGUGGUCAUUCCGCUGAUUAAGAGCAAGUCUUUGAGAAACAAUCUGAAAGAACGUGGGCUUCUUGAAGAUUUUUUUCAGGCAGAACAUCAAACAUUGUCCAGGAAAUAUGUUCUUGGGUUAGAUCCACCAGACACGGCACCCACGGAGCAUUUAAUCAAUUACAUGGAUAAUGAAUAUUUUGGGGUCAUUCAGAUUGGGACCCCACCUCAGGAAUUCAAAGUGGUUUUUGAUACCGGAUCGGCUGACCUGUGGGUCCCUUCAGUCUCCUGCACCAGCUCUGCAUGUACGAAUCACCACAGAUUCAGCCCCCGGUUAUCAUCCAGUUACCAGCCCACCGACCGGGUGGUGUCCAUCUCUUAUGGCACAGGAAGCAUGAGUGGGGUUCUUGGCUUUGACACAGUGAAGGUGGCGAACUUUGAGGACACGCACCAAGGUCUAGUGCUGAGUGAGACAGAGUCCAUAUUCCUCUCCUACUCUCCCUUUGAUGGGGUCCUAGGCUUGGCAUACCCCAGUCUUUCUGUGUCUGGAGUACCCCCAGUCUUUGAUAAUAUAUGGAGUAAAGGUCUUAUUGAUCAGGAUCUCUUCUCUGUUUACCUGAACAGUGACAAAGGGAGCUCAGUGACGUUUGGUGGCAUCAACCCUGCAUUUUAUUCUGGAAGCCUUCAGUGGGUGGAUGUCACGGUUCAGAAAUACUGGCAGAUCACAAUAGAUAGCAUCAGCAUGGAUGGACAGGUCAUUGCUUGUCAUGAUGGAUGUGCUACAAUCGUGGACACUGGGACCUCUGUGAUUGCUGGACAUCCUGAGGCUAUUAGCAGCAUCCAGGAAAUCAUUGGCUCAAAGCCAGACAAAUAUGGAUUGUAUACUGUAAGCUGCGAUUCCGUCGGUUCCCUGCCAGAUAUCAUCAUAACGAUUAAUGGCGUCAAGUAUCCACUACCUGCAAGUGCCUACAUUAACCAGUUUCCGGGGUCCUGCAGCAGCGGUUUUCAGACAACCUCAGGGCUGUGGAUUCUGGGGGACAUUUUCAUCCGCCAAUAUUUUGUAGUUUUUGACAGAGGAAAUAACCGAGUUGGAUUUGCUCCUGCAAUAAAGUCUUAAGCAUUAUCAAAGAGCGUUAAUAAAAAUCAGCACUACAUCUCCAAAAAUGCAUGAGAAUUAUUGUGUACUUUCAAUUGCAUUUUACAGAAAUACCCUAAU